GUUUCACAUCGAACAAACAAAGAAGCUUUUGUUACUUUGUGCCAAAAUGGAGGGUCCUUAGUUCUCUUCUCUCUCUCUCUCUCUCUCUCUCAAUCACACUCUUCACCUUCUCCUCCUUCUUCUUCUUCACCCUUUCUUCUUCUCCUUUGAUCUGCUGAUUCUUCAGGUAUUCAAAAUUGGGAGAUUCUCUAUUGAACUGCUAUGUCUCCGCUACUCGGCGUGGUGGGGGAUGAGGAAGGUCAGCAGAGCCAUGUGACUCUGUUGGUUUCUUCCUCAUCCACCAUGGAAAGUGUGAAUUGUCUGAACAGCUCGAAACUGAAGGAGCGAAACUACAUGGGAUUGUCUGAUUGUUCUUCUGUGGAUAGCUCAGUUCCCUCAUUCUCUGAUGAGACUAAAAGCAAUCUGAACCUCAAAGCUACUGAGCUGAGGUUGGGGCUUCCGGGAUCUCAGUCUCCUGAAAGAGACUCAGAUCUUUGCUUGAGGAGUUCUACUCAAUUUGAUGAGAAACCUUUGUUUCCUUUGCGUCCUGUAGCUGAUGAUCAUCAUUCCUCGUCGAAGCCUGCUCUUUUGGGCAACAAAAGAGGGUUUUCGGAUGCAAUGACUGGGUUCUCUGAGGAGAAAUUGCUUGUUAGUUCGGACGCCAAUACAAUAUUGCCAUCUAGGCCUUCUCCUACUGUGGGAUUGAAAUCGAGCUCAAUGCUUGAGAAUGCUGCGGCUCAGCAAGCGAAAGUCAAUGAAGUAGCAACAUCCAAGGUGGGAGAGAGGCCUCAUGCUGCCAAAGAAACCAGGCCAAGCCUUAACGAUUCCACUGUGAAUAAUAAUAGCAGUGCACCAGCUCCAAAGGCACAGGUUGUAGGAUGGCCUCCAAUAAGAUCUUUUAGGAAAAAUUCAUUGGCUACUACAUCGAAGAAUGCUGAAGAAGUAGAUGGAAAAAUGGCUUCUGGUGCACUGUUUGUGAAGGUAAGUAUGGAUGGCGCGCCAUACUUGAGAAAAGUGGACUUGAAGAAUUACUCUGCCUAUCCAGAGCUUUCUUCUGCUCUGGAGAAGAUGUUCAGCUGCUUCACCAUAGGUCAAUGUGGAUCUCAUGGAAAUCUUGGGAAGGAAAUGCUGAGUGAAACCAAGCUGAAGGAUCUACUUCAUGGAUCAGAAUAUGUUCUUACUUAUGAGGAUAAAGACGGUGAUUGGAUGCUAGUGGGUGAUGUUCCCUGGGAGAUGUUCAUCGAAACAUGCAGGAGGCUGAGGAUCAUGAAGGGCGCUGAUGCCAUUGGUCUAGCACCAAGAGCCGUCGAGAAAAGCAAAAGCAGGAACUAGGGCAGUACAAACGAUCACAUUUCUAUCACCUAACUGUCAAUGGAACUAAAAAGCUUCUAUAAACAAAAUUGGGUAAGCAAAUCAAGGCAAAAGGAAAAAAGGGAUCAAUCAUAUGAUUACUAUUUUUACUAUCUUAUGUUUUUUCUUUUCUUUUUUUUUAUGACAUUUAUAUUCAGUAAGGUUCAUUAUAUUUCAUGA